AUGGCGCACAGGAAACUUCAACAGGAGAUCGAUCGUGUGUUUAAAAAGAUCAAUGAGGGUCUUGAAAUCUUUGAUAUGUACUAUGAAAGACAUGAGAACUGUAUUAACAAUCCAUCACAAAAAGACAAGUUAGAAUCCGACCUCAAAAGAGAAGUGAAAAAGCUUCAGAGGCUUAGGGAACAAAUCAAAUCAUGGCAAAGUUCACCCGAAGUCAAAGACAAAGAUGCACUACUCAAUUACAGACGGUCUGUAGAGGUAGCGAUGGAGAAGUAUAAGGCGGUAGAGAAAGCCUCUAAAGAAAAGGCAUACUCAAAUAUCAGCUUGAAACGUUCCGAUGUACUUGAUCCUCAAGAAAAGGAGAGACGAGAGGUGGAAGACUUCUUGUCUCAGCAAAUAGAAGAACUUGAGAGACAGUUUGAUCUUUUGGAAAUUGAAGUCGACAGGCUAAUAUUGCUUCAGAAGAAAAGAAAAACAGCUACACCUGAGAAUGAAAAGGAACUCCAGCGUCUAAAAGAUCUACAGGGAAGGUAUAGGUAUCAUCAACAGCAAAUGGAAUUGGCUUUGAGGUUAAUUGCAAACGAAGAGCUCGAACCCCAACAAGUGAGAGAUAUAGAGGAAGAAAUACUUUAUUUUGUCGAAGAAAACCAAACAGAGGGAUUUAUCGAAGAUGACAGUAUGUAUGAAGGUUUAGACUUACAAUCCAACGAAGCAAUUGCUCACGAAGUGGCAGCAGCAUUUGCUUCCAGAGCAGCAGGUGAUGUAAGUGGUGAUGAUGUAGAAGGAAAGGAUGGUAAACUUUCGAAGAAGGAACAGAGAAGAUUGGAAAGAGAAGCGAAGAAAAACGCAAAGGCUGCGGCAAAGAGCUCUGUCUUAGAUGUCAACCCUACACCUGUAAUAACGGGAAAGAAAAUAUCGGAAGCUUCUAGCGAUGCUGACGAAUCAGAAUCGAACGCUCAUACUAGUGUCCCAGAAACGCAAACUCCUCCACCGUCAUCGAAAAGUGUUUCACUAUCUCCGCCAGUUACUGCUGGGUCAGUGGAAUCUCCUCUUCCGAAUACGGCAUCUACCACUGCACCAUCCAAACCACAUACACCACUGUCGAAACUGGCUAUUCUCUCCUCUUCAACUGGAGCUCAAACAGCAAACAACGAAACACAACCUCAUGGCUUUACACAUAUUCAUCAGUCACUAAAUGGUUUGACUACAACUACGUUGAAACCUGCUCCUGUGAAACCUGUAAGUGAAAAUAAAUGGGCUUUAGCUACAGAGAAGAAACUAGCCAGUUUAAAGGCUAAAAGUUUAGGCUCUGUUCCUAUGACACCAACAAUGUCGGCUUCUUCGUCCUCGGCAGCAGCAAACUCCACAGGACUUCCGGCUCUGAGUAACACACCUAAUUCUUCUAAUGUUAAACUGAAUGAAUCAGCGCUAUCAAAACAAAAUUACACGAAGCCAGUUCCUUCGGAUCUCACGAACAAUAACAACAACAAGCAGAGUUCAACUAGCGGAUCGGAACCUGACCUUAUUGAAGAUGAUUAUGAAAUCGAAUCUACAGAUGACGAAUUAGAAAAUGAACCUGUUCCUGUAGAAAUCAGUAAAGAAGAAUUGGCCUCAAAAUCAGAGUUGUUGAAUAAUGUCCAAAACAACCUUUGUGCGGACCUGGAGCUUUUAACUCUUCCCGCUGGUAUAAAGGACUUCGUUAUGGGUUCAGUGAUCUCUAAAGACAAACUUUAUAAAAAUGACGGAAAACUAGGUGGCUACAGAAGGUUCUACGAUUUAUGCCAACCUUGUAGAUUGAACGAAAUACCAAGUACGGUAUUCCCUCCCCAACCUUUGGAUGUGGCAAGAUGUGUUCAACAAUGGGACCAAACUCUAUUGUCUUUAAAUGUCGAUGAACUCACGUUGGCCAAUGUAGCUAAAAAAUUCGAAGGUUUAGAAACCUUCACGCUCUUUUACUACUAUUACUUUAGUAUUCUACCUUUAGAGCAAAGAAUUUGCGGACUGCUAUUGAGGAAUCGUGAUUGGAAAUUGUUGACAUCAGGAGAUUGCUGGUUCUUGAGACAAGGUGAGCCUAAAUUUGUCAAUGAAUUUUUCGAAAUUGCUGACUAUAAAAUAUUUAAGAUGGAUAUAUGGACUGUGGUGGACAAACUGAACUUCAAACUUGAUUAUUCAGUAAUAGCGAAGGAAGAGCCAUUUGCAGAAUUAUCUGAACAAGAUAAUGCAGGAAAUGUACCCACAUUUGGAAAACAACUACUAGAAACGUUGAAACAACGCAAAGCUGAAGAAAAGCCGUAA